AUUAAAUUAGUGCAGUCGAAAAGUAUAGUGGCAAGAAAAUUUCGUAUUUUUUUAAAUUUGACAUUAAUUCUUAAAUUAAAACAUUGCAAGUAAAUUGUAUAAACAAAAUAAAAGUUAUUACCAUAUUAUUGUUGCAAGCAGACGCAAGGCAUAUUUAAGUAUUUUCCACGCAAUCUGAUAUUACGCAUUUCUGCAUUUAGAAACAUAGAUACAUACAUACGAAUAUAGUACGCGAGGAAGUGUAGCUGAGUUUACAAGGAUUUAGAUGCAUAUACAUAUAUACAUUUUACACAAUACUAUCAUAACAGCAUAACACUUGCGAAGGACCUACAAUCGCAUCCAAUGCCGUUACAAUUUAGAGUAGGAAAGUAACAAAAAAUCUUCUUAACAUAAGCAACAGCAGCCAAAGCAACAUAAGAAAGCAAGACCAGCAUUAAACAAUAACAAAAUUCAAGUGGAAUAUCAAAGCGGUAUAAAAACAAAUAAUAAAACAAACUCUUUGCCUCGCCACAAACACCAACUUAAACAGCAGCGCUCAGCUAGAGUAAACCUGCCUGGGAGCUUUGCGCUCUCUCUCACGAAAAAUAAAUAUUCUACGUCGUUUUCUACACAGAGACUUGCGUUCAACUGAGUCCCAAUCGUCAGCGGCAACGUGCGCUCCAAUGAGAUUGCCUUCACCAAAGGCUCAUUUGUAGACUCUACUCAGUCGUUAUCAGCAUCGCUGUUGCAACAGUUCGUUUAUUUGUUUACUCGUGUAAGAAUUUCGAAGCUGUUCUCAUUUGGCUCGACGUUUGUGUUUUGAGAUUUUAUUUUCGCUUCUGGAUGCAGGCCCAAUGGUGAAAUUUUUAAAAUUUUGUUUAUUAACGAAAAAGUUACUCAUACGCCGCGGCGUCUCGCUUACUUUGCCGGCGUAAACAUUGUGGUACAUUUAUGCACAUUCGCUUUGUUACUAUGCAGAUGUAUAAAAAGACAUCAGCGUUUAUAUUUUAAUCAAUUAAGCUUAUUAAAAUAAAUACAACUGAAGGGAAAGUUGUGGAAAGCAGAAUAUUUCACUCAACGAAGUAUACUCUCGGGCAACUCAAAAAAAUAAAUAAACAAAAAAACACUUUAAAGUGAAAGUAUAUUAUAGAAUACAUACAUGCAAAUACAUAUAUAUGUGGGUGAUUAAAAAUUAAAAACUGCUUUUCAUAAAUUUAACGCACAAAUAAAAGAAAACAAUAUAUUCCUACGAGUAUAAACUACAACACCAUACAUACAAAUAAAUGUGAACAAAUAUUUAAAAACAGCAGCACAAAAACAUCACAAUAAAUCCAGUGAAUCCUAAGCAGAGGACUACCUACUAACCACCGCUUAUAAAUUAUUUAAGACAAUCUACCAAAUGCAACUCGUUUCUGUCCAAACAUGCAAUAAAAGCUAAAAAAAAAAGCCGCACUUAGAACUUAGAAAAGCAAGCAGCCCAGUGACCACAAACAUAUACAUAUACAUACAAGUACAUAUGCAAACUUUUCAAAGACUUCAAUUAUUCAGCAAAAACUUUUAAUAGCUGUGGUAAAACAAAACAGAGAGGAUCCCAGACAAAUUUUAUAUGGAGAAGAGCUUAAGUGCAAAUUACAAAGUAUCGCAUAAUAGAAUUUGAAUAAACAAAAUGUCGAAUUUGCUCUACAUGGAUGAAACGAAUUGCAAUGGCAUCUAUGCAACCAAAGUCAAUAAUGUAACAGCAGCAACACUAACAACUACAACAGCAUCAGCAACAACAACAAGCAACAAUAACAUCAACUACUACAACGACGACAACAGCAAUAGCAAUAGCAAAAGCAACAAUAUUAUGCUAACGGGCUGCAAUCCAAAUAGUACUAGUAACAUCAUAAAUAACACAACAACAACAACAACAGGGACAACAAACACAAAUAAUAUCAACAACAUUAACAUCAUGAAUAUAGCGGCCUCGACUGUGGCAAUGACAGCUGCGGUUGCCAACGCCAACGCCAACACGAACACGAACACAAACACGAACAUCAACAGUGCCAGCACCGGCAUCGGCACCGGCAUCACGUCAGCCACACUACCCACAUCCGUCUCCAAUGAGGAUCUAAGUCAAAGUUUAUCAGAGUACACGGAUGCCGAUGAAAGCAUAUCAGCGCCAACUGAGUUUCUUGCGGAGUUCCUCUCAGCAGUGAUGCUCAAAGACUACAAAAAGGCCUUGAAAUAUUGCAAACUGAUCUUGCAAUACGAACCAAACAACGCAACAGCCAAAGAAUUCUAUCCGCUUAUAAUCGAAAAAUUACGAGGUGCCGCUAGUGACAGCGAUGAGAAUUAUAAUAAAUCAUCUUCACCCGAGCCAGUUUUAGAGCUACAAUCCUCGGAUCCAUCAGCAGGUGAGAGUGAUGAGGCGGCAUUCGAAGAUCAACCUAUUGGUAUAGUGGAUGACGGUAUCGAUGAGUACGGACUGAAUGAAGAUAAUUGCCAUUCUCUGGGCGGAGGAUCAAAUAGUCAUGAAUUGGAUGUGAGUAGUCGGAGCGGCAGCAGUGAUUCGGCGGGUGCGAGUCUCAGUGAGUCGGUCGAUGAUGAAGUUGAAGAAGAUGAAGUCGAUGACGAAGACGAUGAUGAUGAUGAUGAUGAUGUGGAUGAUGACGAAGAUGACGACGAUGAUGAUGACGAUGUGGAGGAUGUCAUUAGCAGCAGUGGUGACGACUUGCCAAUCGAUGAUCCCAACUCCAUUGAAGCGGCAGCGGGUACUGGCAACAAUUCACUCUCAUCGCGAAAUUCAUCUAGUGGCGGUGGCGGAAGUGGGCGUAGUCGCAGCGACAAUACAACGCAUUCAUAUUCCAGUUUACUGCUCGAGGAGGAGGACGAUAUAGCGCCGGUUAAUUUGAAGUUUACCAAAGAACUAUCAUCACCCGAUUUGGAUGUCAGCAAUGGCAACAAAUUACCCUCAACAUCCUGCAGCGACUCGGAAUCGCCAACGGAACCGCUAACGCAACGACUUGCUGCAAUUUUGCGCUCGAAAUGUGGUGUAUCCAGCGCUGGCGACAACUACUAGAGGCACAAACAAGGCAUAU